AUCCCAAAACCCACAAACCCCUUUAACAAAUUCAAACCCACCUCUCUCUCUCACUCUCACUCUCACUCUCUCUCUCUCUCUCCCUCCACAACAUUUCCACUUCCAUGGAAGAAACACUACCAAUGUUAACCACUCGCCGGACUGACCAAAGCCCCGUCAACCACCGAGACCACCUCCCCAAAAGCCCAAGAGUUCCAAUGGAGUUUCUCUCAAGGUCAUGGAGUGCCUCCGCUCUUGAAGUCUCCAAAGCUCUGUCUCAGUCUCACCCUCCUCCGCUGCCUCCUCCUCCUCCUUCAUGCAUGGCUAAUUCCAAGUCCUCAAACAGCUCUUCCUCUUGCACCACCACCGCAACCACCACCACUCCUUCCAUUCCUGAAGACAUCGCAGGAGAAGCAGAGGAGCUGCCGUCCCUCCCCGGAAACCAAUUUUACUUUGCUUCCUCUGUCACCUCCCAGCUCGUCCUUGAUCGCAUUAUGUCACAGUCCAUGAGAGAGGAAGUGUCUCCAUUGACAUCAGGGAGGCUCUCACACAGCAGUGGACCUCUGAACAAUGGUGGUUCUCUAACAGAGAUGGAUAGCCCUCCAGUCUCACCCUCUGAUGAGUUCGACGACGUCGUUAAGUAUUUUCGAACCCACAACAGCAUACAAAACCUAUUCAACGGCAGCCGGAGCAGCGCUGGAAAUGGCAACACUGCCCCCAGCGGCGGAGCCAAGACGGUGGGGAGGUGGUUGAAAGAGAGAAAAGAGAAGAAAAAGGAAGAGACGAGAGUGCACAACGCGCAGGUCCAUGCGGCGGUUUCAGUUGCUGCGGUGGCUGCUGCAGUGGCCGCCAUUGCUGCAGCCACAGCGGCUUCUUCGGGGUCGAGAAAGAACGAUCAAGCAGGGAAGACUGACAUGGCAGUGGCGUCUGCCGCCACGUUGGUAGCUGCUCAAUGUGCUGAGGCUGCGGAAGCUAUGGGAGCUGAACAUGACCAUCUUACUUCAGUAGUCAGCUCCGCCGUUAAUGUUCAUUCACAUGAUGAUAUUACCACCCUCACUGCAGCUGCUGCGACAGCUUUACGAGGGGCAGCGACCCUAAAGGCAAGGGCAAUGAAGGAGGUGUGGAACAUAUCAGCAGUGAUUCCAGUGGAAAAGGGAAUGGGAAUGGGAGUCUGCGGUGGUAAAACCAACAGCAACGGUGGUGAUCGCAGCAGCAGCAGCAGCUUUAGUGACGAUCAUGUUCCUGUUGACCCUACUUUUCUUGGGGUCUCGAACCAAGACCUCCUUGCUAGGGGCAGUGAACUCCUCAAACGCACACGAAAAGGCGAUCUCCACUGGAAACUAGUGUCUGUUUACAUUCACCGAACCGGGCAGGUGAUGCUGAAAAUGAAAAGCAAACACGUCGCAGGAACUUUCACCAAGAAGAAAAAGAAUGUUGUGUUGGACGUGUGCAAGAACAUGCCGGCAUGGCCCGGGAGACACUUGUUCGACGACGGAGAGCAGCGUCGUUACUUUGGGCUGAAGACGGAAGCACGAGGCAUCGUUGAGUUCGAGUGCAAGAACCAGAGAGAACAUGACGUCUGGACUCACGGCGUUUCAAGGCUGCUUUCCGUUGUCGCUGAGAGAAAGAACAGGCACUGAUUAGGUCUCUGCAUUAUGUCUAACGAAUCGCAUGACAUAGAUGCUGUUGUUUUUGGAUUUUGGCAGACUGUUGGUAUUAAAAAAGGAGGUGUUAGGCACAUGUAGUGUAGAGGGGAGGUCCUGAACAAAAGCACUUCACUUUUGAAUUCGGAAAUUUCAAAGGACAUGACCUGCUUUAGGAAUAAUAUAUAUAUAGUAGUUAGUUUUAGUAUGUACUGUCACAAUGGAAUUUUCAAUGGUAUUUUGUAGCAUUUGAUUCUUA